AGGCUGCCUGCAGCCCGGGCGCCCAGGGGCGGCGGCGGCCCAGCCCCAAUGCCCCGCGCACGGGCGACCGCAGGGCGGAGCCACCCCGCGAGCGCGACUGUCGCGGCGCCAGCGUGCACGGGCCCCACGCACCCACCCUCCGCACCCGUCGCGGGUCCAGAAGGGAUCCUGCAAAAAUGAGCCAUUCUCACCCCACUGGAUUACUUGCAGCAUAUAAUAGUCUUACGGAUAAACACCUGGCUGGAUAUUUUAACAAUACAAGGAUAAGGCGACAUCUCUUGAGAUCAGGGCUGAUCACAAGAAAUGGAAGAAUACUUUCUGAAAAGGAAUACAAACUAAAUAUCAUGAAGAGGGAUCACCAAAAAUAUAUCCGGGAGUGCUUAGCCCAGGCUAUUUUCCAUAAGGUUCUUGAUAUGGAGCGUUACCAUCAGCUUGAAAUUAAAAAGAAACUGGAGACAUUAGCUAGGAAGGAGCGAAUUCAGAGAUUUAAGGGAGAGCACACAGGAUGGACUAUAGGAAAUAACAUGCCAAUCCUGUCUCCCCGCCCCCCAGUUGGCCCCAAGACUAACCAUGGCCAUAGUGUUCUGGUUGAUGAAGGACAUUCCAGUCCAGUAACACUGACAGCCCCUCGACCAUACACUGCCCCAGGAAAUAUGCAGCCUCCAAUUCGAUUACAACCUCUACCCAGUAAUCCUGCAGUAGGAACUGCUCCAAAGGGCAAGAAGGCAACGAUGAAGUUCAGGAACUCCAUGGACAAUUCACAGGGAAUGAAUCGAUAUCAAUUUCCGAAGAUUAACCGUUGCAUGGUGCCUAUUCCUCCUCCACUUCCUCCCCCUAAUGGAAAAAUCACAAGGGAAAAUAGACCUGAAACAUGGAGAAGGAGAAGAGUUCGUCCAACCACUGCUCCAAAUGGCUUAGAACCUCUCUUUACCAGGGAUUCAAGAAGGAUUCACAAAACACCACUGCAUAGUAAUGCAGCUAUUACAAUGAUCUAUUUGGGGAAAAAUGUGCACCUAGCCUAUGAUCACUCAGAUUUCCGGGAUGAAAUAAAAGUUUAUCAGCAGCACUGUGGUGGGGAAAACCUGUGUGUCUAUGCAGGCAAACUACUUGAGAAAGAGACCUUUCAGUUUAUUUCCAAAAGGCACCAUGGUUUCCCCUUCAGUCUCACCUUUUUCCUGAACGGGAUACAGGUGAACAGGUUAAGUUCCUGCUGUGAAUAUAAGCAUCGAAAAGGUUCCAGACUUGGAGGCAAACGAGGCUACUUUGGGUUUGUGUGUGUCGAGAGAUCAUCUCCUUGCUACAAGUGCAUUAUUGCAAUGGGCCUUGACAAAAAAACAACUUCACCAAAACCUAGGAAGGAAAAGAGUAUUGAGAGAAAAGAGGGAUUGAUGAAGGGUGAGGGGAAACUGAGGAAGGAUAGAGAGUACCUGAUACCAAGAAAGAGAGAGAUGGAGGGGAGCAAAACCUCAGCUUCAGCCAUUUUUUCAGCUCAAGAACUACAUACAGGGAUCGGCGAAGUGAGAACUGCUGUCGAAGAAAUGGAACGUAAAGAAAAGCCAGGACAAGAAGUCUGGGAAGAUGACCAAGAAAACAUAUUUAAAUAUGAAUAUGAAGAAGAUUUCGAAGCAGAUGAGGAGAAACAAGAUGAGAAAGCUAAUGAAGGACAGGCUGAUGAUCAAAUGAAUGGAAUGCCAAAGUCACCCUCAGAUGAUGAAAAAGAUCUUUCAGACCCUGAAAAGGAGAGUGAAACCUCGUUGUGGAAGGCAUCAGAUGCUGAUGACAAUGUGAAAGAUGAGGUUGAUGGAUGCUCUGAGAAUGAAUUGGAAGAGGAUAAACAUGAUAUAAGAACUGCUUCAUCAACCUCAUCCAGAAGUCACCCAUAUUCUAGUUGCAGUGAAGAUGAAUCUGCACUGGGGGACAGGGAAGCCCACGCUGAAAACAGUCCAAAUGAAAGUGUCCGAAGUCCAUCUUCUCAGGAGUUGAGUGAAAAUGAUGAGCCAGGAAAAACCCACCUUCCAAUUGAGAAUUCUCUAGAAAUCGAAAUUGAUGACCAAGAAAUAAUAAAAGCAGAUGUGGAGACCAAGCCUCUGCCAAUAGAGGAAAACUUGGAGAAUGAUCUUGAAGAAGAAGCAGAGAAAGGAACCCGAGUGAUUGCAGAGGGCUUAUCUGAGAAGUCCAGGGAACAUGUUUCCAAGGAAGAAAAGGAAAAGAGUAAGAGUAACCUUUGGGAAGGAAGCGCUGCUAAGGUGAAGGACAAAAAGGCAGGUCCCCGUAGGGUGGAUAAAGGUGCACCGAACAGGAAUUUAGUGGUGGAGGAAAGGGCAGCACUCAGCUCAAACAAGGAAUCCAAGCAAGUUGCAUCAGAAGAGCAUACACUGGAGAAGAAAGACGCAGUGGAGGAAGAUGAAGGUCCCCAACACAGGGAUGCUGACACAGAAGAAAAAGGGGAUGCAGCGCCGUGGGGAAAAGCAGGGGUUCAUGAGGUUCCCUUGGGGCAGUGGAAGCCAACAGUAGAGCAGCCGGCAUUAGUAGGACAGUUUACAGAGGAAAGUAAUAUCCCUCAGGGCGUAGUAGGUGGGGCAGAGGCAGAAGCAGAAGGGGAUAGAAGGCCACAAAAAGAGGGGUUAGACCCCAGAGGACGAGAGGCAGCAAGAGAUUCUGGAGGUCUGAGUGAAGGCGAGGCUUUCGAGGAGCAGGCCUUGAAGCAGACGGUGCUGGAGACGGACACGGCAGCUUCCGACGGGGAGCAGGGUGAGGGGAAGGCCGUGCUUACAAGCCAGGCAGCAGCCGUGAAGUCACAGAGCGCUCAGGAGGCAGCGGCCCUGAGAGAGGCGGCGAGGCCAGAGGAGGGAGAGCCUGAGGGAGCGGCUGUGAGCGGGGCCGGGUCUGCACAGCCAGGUGUGGGGGACAGUGAGGGGGAAGCGUCCACAGACCUAGAGGACGUGGGACCCGGAGAAGACGCUACAUCCGAGAGAGAGGAGGGUUUAGAAGAGGCCAUACUGCGGGGAGAGGAGCCAGCCAGGGAGAGGGGGGCAGUUCUGGGAAGGGAAACGCCCUUGAGCUCCUCGACUUCUGUGAAGGCCCAGGCAACUCGCACGGGGGUGUUGGAGGACAGCCUCGAGGGACUUCGUAAGGACCCUGUGGAAAGGGAGGGGGCUGAGAUGGAGGCAGAGCGUAAGACGGAAGAUGAGAGGAAAGAAGUGUCACCUGAGGAAUUAGAUGCAGCGCCCGAGAGAAGGACAGCUGAGAGGCCGAAGCCACCUCUGGGGGAAACCGAAUCCGAGAGGGAAGCGGUGACAAGGACAAAGGCGCUUCAGGAUGAAGACACUUUAGAAGAAGAGCAAAAGUUGCAAGAGGAAGAGGGGGAACCCAUGAAGGAAGUAAGACCCGAGGAAGAGACACAAGCCCCCCAAAAUGACACGGAGCGUGAUACUGAGGCUGAAGCAGCCAUGAGGGCGUCUGAACUGACUGGCGACGCAGGGCCGCGAGGGGAGGCUCCACUGAGAGAGCGAGAGGAGACCAUGUCUGAAGCAUGCCCUGAAUUUGAAGAGUCCCUGGAAGACACAACGGUUUGGGGGAAAGAAGGAGGAGGAAGACUGAGAGAAGCUGGAGACACAGGGCCCAGAGGCAGAGCAGAGCUGCUCGUCGGGGAGAACGUGGCCCCCGCAGGGCAGGACGGGGGCCCGAGCCCUGCAGGAGGCGGGGUGUCAGGAGCUCCCGAAAGCGAGCCCUCGGGGAAGGCGCAGACACCCGGGGCUGCCGGCGAGGCCCGGGAGUGCGCAGCCAAAGAUCAGGCCAGCCUGAUGGGCUGGGAGGGGAGGGAUAAAGAAGGGCCUUUACAGGCGCCACAGGGAGUGGCUGUCCCAGCCAUGAUCCAAGAAGAUGCUCCCGAGGGAGACUGCACCGUGGCAGGAAAGUUGAGUGAAGAAGUGAUGGAUGAGGACCCAGAGGAGGCGGCGGAGGAAGAGUGCACUCUGGGGGUAGGGCUGAUGAAGAGCGGGGCCACCGAGGGGGACGGGGGCUUGCGGGCCGUGGCUGCAGCUGGGGAAGAUGGCCACCAAGGAGGAGGCGCGGCCGGACCAGCCGCAGAGCGGGAGGCGUCGGCAGGUUCAAAGCCAGCUGCGGGGCAAACAGAAGCACGUGAAGCCCCCUCCUUUUCAGAUGUGGCUGAGGAGGAAAGCUGGCACAGAGUGGGUGAGACACUAGGAGAAACGGCAGCUGCAGAGAAGGUGGCGGUCGAGGAAAGAGCGCUGAGCGGGGAGGAGGCGACAGUGACUUGGGAGACGGAGGCUGCGGUCGAGGCUCCAGGGGAACCUUCUGACCUGGAAGGGAGGGCCCCACUGCCAGGGCCGGCUCGGGAGGGAGGGGAAGCUAAACCCACACAGGAGGCGGAGUCCGUGGGAGAGGAGGCAGGGACGCGGAGCCCUGAGGAGGGGCAGGAGUCGGGGGCAGCUGAAGAAUUCAGAUUGGGAUUAUCCCAAGAGAGCGGGUCAGAGCCCAGGAGAGAGAGUGCACGGGACGCAGGAACACUCCCUGGAAAGCCCGAUUGCACUGGGACCCAAGAGAAGCAAGAGCAUGCAGUGCACAGAGGAAGUGAAGACCCAGAUGUUUCGCUGAACCACAGGAAGGCCUGA